UUCGGCCAAAAGCUGGUCCGAUGGGAUUUCAUGUCAAACGAGUCCGUUCAAAGCUCAAAGGCGAAAAGUAAUAAUUGAGAUCGGAUUCAUGUUUCUCAUUCUCAAUUCUCAUCCAAGGCGGUCGUUUUUGAAAAGGGAGUGGCUUCCAAAGCUUGGGGGGAAUGACGUCAGUGGAGCUGUUCAAAGUCCUAUGGGUGCUGGAGAGCCAACUCUCGCUCGCGCUCAGUCAGUCUGCGGCCAGGAAGUGGUCCUCGUCGCGUGAAUUCAAGAGCCCCUAACCAAUUUGCCAUAAGCACGCUGUACAGAAAGGAGAACACACACGGGAUAGCAACACGCUCAUCCUGCACACACACAGGCUGACAUCGAAAGGUUUCCGAAGAAUAAUAAAACGAUAAAGGCUCCUUUGGAGUGGGGAUGCUGGAUAUCGAUAUACUCCUGGUGUCCGCGUGGAAGCUCUUUUAAACACAAACUCAAGCCAUUCCCCUUCGCUAUGGCAACAUCCCCGCCUGAGAAUGGCCUUCCCUCACCUUCCCCCAGGCAGACUCACUGCUAGGGAGAGGCCGGGACGGAGAGCUGAAACCCCAGGGCUGCCCCGCUAAAAUCUCCCAAAACAUGUAUGGUACCUUCCUUGGCUCCACGGGGGGAGGGUCUACAUGCAUUCUAUUCUAUUUAUUUAUUUUUAUUUAUUUACUUACCAAUCCACAGUCCAUUCAUAAACAAAGCUGCGCCGAUUCAAACGAGUGUUGAUGUGUGCGCGUGCGGCUGACGUGUGCGAGGCGAGGCAGAGUUGACGAAGAAAGUAAACUAAACCAAGCGGGGGGGGGAAAAAAAAACCAGGAAGAAGGAGAAUUAAAGCGGUGGGGGAGGGGUCGAGGAACACUGAAGUAGACGGCAGAGACAAAAGGGCGAGCAAGUAAGAGAGCGAGCGAGAGAAAGCGAUGGUCCUCUACACCACCCCGUAUCCCAGUGCCUGCCUGCACUUCCUCGAUGGCCUCUCCUGGAGCCUGGUGUUCCCCUGCUAUUGGCUGCUGGACCGCCUCCUGGCGUCGUGCGUGGCCACGUCGCUGGAGAAGCGCCGGCGCUCCCAGGACCCCUGCUCCUUCCUGGGCCUGUGCGUGCUGGCCUCCGUGCCCCUCUACCUGCUCUUCUUCCUGCUGUCGCUGCCCUUUGGCCUGCUGGGCUUUCUCCUGUGGGCCCCCCUGCAGGCUGUCCGACAGCCCUACCUCUACACCUACAGCAGGCCGGACAAACACCAGGCGGAGCAGGGGGCGGCGGGGCCCGGGGGAGCCGGCUCGGCCGAGUGGAGGCCCCAGGGAAGGAGCUUCUGCUUCUGCAGUGCCAACGUGUGCCUGCUGCCCGACGCCCUGGCCCGGUUCAACAACCUGACCGACACCCAGAGCAGGGCCCGCGAGGUGGGCCGCAGGAUCCGCAACGGGGCCAGCCGGCCCCAGAUCAAGAUCUACAUCGACUCGCCCACCAACACCUCCAUCAGCGCGGCCUCCUUUAGCAGCCUGGCCGCGGGGUUCCGGCGAACCUCCUCUCUGGACCAACGCCCGGAGCCGACCCACAUCACCAACGGCCCCACGGACCCCGAAGCCGAGCCCCCCACCCAUGAGUGCCCGGCCCAUCCAUCAGGCGCCGCCGACUGCCCCCUCCACCAGGGCCCGUCAGACUGCCCGCUCCACCAGGACUGCCCGCUCCACUCGGAAGGUGCGGACGGCUCGACCCCCUGCCCGCUCCACUCCGCCGGGGGGGGCGACGGCGGCGGCGGCGGCUCCGAUUGCCCCAUGCACAGCGCCGGAGGGACCUCCCGCUGCGCGGUGCACUCCCCGGGGGGGGCCCAAGGCAGCCCGGGGCACCACGACUGUCCCAUGCACGGCGACGCCAAACCGACCUCCGACUGCCCGCUCCACAACCCGGGGGUCCAGAUCAGCAUCAGCGCCCCGGAGCCGGACCCCCAGGACGAGGAGGGCGACGCGGAGUCGGGGAACCCCCGCGGCCAGGACGGGGCGGGGGACACCGGCAGCAUGGGCGAGUCCUACACCCGCUACCACGCGGCCGGGGACGCAGGGGGGGCGUACUCCAACAACACCCUCUCCCACGUGCCGCGCACCUCCAUCUUCAAGCGGCCCGGCGGGCGCAAGCGGCGCCACGGGGACGACGGCUUCGACCACGACGUCUCCGCCUUCUUCCCCGCCAACCUGGACUUCCUGGCGCUGCAGGAGGUGUUCGACCACGGGUCCACCACGCGGCUCCGGCAGCAGCUCCACCGCUACUUCCCGUACGUGCUGAGCGACGUGGGCCGCUACGGCUGGAAGGGCUGCUGCUCCAGCUUCAAGUUCCUCAACAGCGGGCUGAUGCUGGCCAGCCGCUACCCCAUCCUGGACGCCCGCUUCCAGUGCUACCCCAACGGCAGAGGGGAGGACGCGCUGGCCUCCAAGGGAGCCCUGUUUGCCAAGGUACAGGUGGGCACCUCUCACCAGGACCAAAGGGUGGUGGGGUACCUCACCUCUACACAUCUCCACGCCAUAGAAGGCGAUGCGUCGGUGCGCUGCGAGCAGCUCGAUCUCCUGCUCCAGUGGGGGGCGGAGUUUCGGCAGUCCUCGUUUCGCUCAGGGGAGGGGGAGAAAGUUCUGGAAGACCUGGUGGCUUUUGACGUCAUCAUGGGGGACCUGAACUUUGACAACUGCUCUUCAGAGGACAAGUUGGAGCAGCAGCACGCCCUCUUCACUCAGUACAAGGACCCCUGUCGCCUGGGGCCCGGAGAGGACAAACCAUGGGCCCUGGGUACAUUGCUGGAUCAAAGCGGUCUCUACGACGAAGAGGCCAACUCACCCGAAAGUUUACAAAAGGUGAUGGAGAACGAGGAGGCCAGGAAGGAGUACCUGGUGUUCCCUCCUAGCAAGGCUCAGAGUCACGGAGGCGGCGGCGGGCAGAAGGGCCGCAAGAUUCCCCUGAAGGGCAACGGACGGCGCAUCGACUACAUCCUGUACAGCGAUGAGGGCCUGCAGCCGGACUGGAAGCUGGACAUCGAGGAGUUCAGCUUUGUGACGCAGUUGGCCGGCAUCACUGACCACCUUUCAGUGGCCGCGCGAUUGGCCGUUUCAACCGGCGAGGAGGAGCCUUAGGGGGCCGUACGUUCUCUUGCACUGCCAUCGAUACAUGGAGGAAGAGACAAGAAGAGAUACACGAUGGAAGAGACAAGAAGAGAUGCAUGAUGGAAGAGACAAGAAGACAGAGGAGAGAAAUUUGAAUACAAAUGAGCAAUUGAAAGAUGGCGGAGAAGCGAGAAGGCCCCGUGUCUAUUGAGAAACGCCAGAGUGCUGGACGGAUGGACGGGUUGACAAACUGAUUAAUGGAGAGUUACAGGCCUGGGUUAGGGGGGUUCACGUUAAGGGGAGAGGCAACAAUGGAGUGAUUUAAAAGAGAGUUUAUGCCAGAAGGUAGAUAAGCAGGGAAUUUGUAUUAAUGGUGUGAUGAAAGUUUUUCAUACCCAGACAACACAUCUGUCAGUCUCUCAAACACGCACACACACACACACACACACAUUCAGACACACACAAAUCAACCUUGCAUGGUCCAUGCUGGAUCUAUACUAUAUGUCUGACCACUUUCUAUGAUUUUACCUCUGGAACUUUCUGAUUCUCAUAUAAUACAAUGGAUGACUAGAGAACACAAAGAGGAUACUGAGAUUGUCUUGUACAGCAACGGUAGGCCUAUAGCUGUGGCCCGCACAAUGAGAGGCAUUGGCCACUACGCUAUUUGACCUUUGUGCCGAUUGGUUGGUGUUCGUCUCUUCAAGGUCAUUGGUCAGUUUACCUGUCAGUUUUCACCUUACUUCUCCUGCCUUGGUCCCAGGAACCUCAACUAAAGUGUCUUUUUUCUAAAAGUCUUUCUAAAAAAAAUUAAAAAAAAGAUCAAUCUAGAACAGUUUUUAUGGUCACUGCGCCAUUUUUGUAGAGAAGUACAAAUGCCUGGUAAUACUUUGUGGUUUAUUAUUUAUACUUAAUUGUAUUGUAUAAAGAGGUCAAAUAAAACAAUCCGCUUGACUGGAGAAAGAUUGUUUUUGAUACAAUGCAAAGCUUGCAGACUGUUUUCAACCAUUUUGUAACUGGUGGGAAGUGACAAGGCGAGAAGGACAUUUGAACUAAAUUAAUUAGCUGAUUCCUUGCUUGUGUUGGAAUGGUGGUCAUGACUGCAUGACGAGAGCCUGGUGAGCAAUCAAACAAUACGACAGUUGUUUGAACUCAGAAUUUAUAGUCAUUUAUAGUAAAGAUCUGCGUUUCCCCUGGAAAUACAAGCCGACCCAAUGGGACAUUGCUGCAUGUGGAAUGCUAACCUCUGCCGAUAACAUUAAAUAAACACACAUAAGCAAUAUGUAAAAAUACACACACACACACAUAUAUACACACAAAAACAUGUAAAUAUACAGUAUGUACCCUUACAUCGCAUACAAUAUACAGAAGGCUUGCAUGUAGACGUGCACGCUCGCAUGCACACACAAACAUUCACAUUCACAUAUUUGUGUUAUUAUAUACAAUGUCAAUAGUGCAACCCCAGCAGGCAAAGGACAGCUCUCUCUCUAUUGCCUGUGUUUUGGACCACCGCCAUUCCUGCUUGUUCUCAAACAGUAGAAAGAGCUACACACACACACACACACACACCAUCUUGAGUGUAUGCACUGUGUGAGCAGAUGGGGUUCUGUGAUUUUCAAUACCCCACCUGUACCCCUAACCCCUCCACAUCUGUAGCAAGGCAUUUAUACUUUUUUAAUUCCCAGUCCAAGGCCACACACACACACACACACACACACACACACACACACACACACACACACACACACACACACACACACGUGGACACAACAGUACAUAAAAUACUCUGAGGAUAUCCACACACAUUUUGAGCGAUCUUGGGUAGAGUGGUGACGUGUGCUUAAGAGUUUAUGCGUUAUUAUAAUGAUCUGUUCAUUUGAUCUUGUUUAUCACCCUGUCCAAACUGCCAAUCAGGACAAGGCAAAGCAAUUGUGUAUUCACUCCCUAAAAAAAACUAAACUAUAUCUCAGAUGCUGUGUGAUUGCCUCUGAUUGCCAAUGUUUACACUGCAGCCUUCGGCCUGUUUGCCUGUUUCUUGGCACUAGAAGGAUGCAUGCCUUUUGAGGGACUCUUUACACAAGACCAGAUGUGUCACUUUUCAACUGCACAUUCAACAUCACUGUUUCACACUUUAACAUGUGUUGAAGUUAUGGACAGUAUCGUUUGAAUCUGUAUUGCAGAUGUGUUAUACAAGUGUGUAUGUGCACUCGCGUGUGUGUAUGCUGAAUCCAUGUCCACCUGAAUAUUUUUAUUCUCGGUAACCUCAACUGGCUGCUUUGACUCUUCUUUUUUCUGUCUCUUCAUGAUUAGCUUUCUUAGAUAUUUUAUGUCCCAUGUUGUUGUUCUGAUACUAUGGGCAUCAGAAGUUACUAGAACGAAACUAGAAGGUUUAUACUUGUUUAUUUUUAUUGUUUAUUGACUACAUAUUUAAUUUGCUUUGUUUUGCUUUAGAAUGCCCACUAACUGUUUAGCUUUCCCAUUUCUACCAGGUGGGAUUAAAUGUCAUGUGAAUACACUAUAGACCUAUUAUACAAAGGCUAAUAAAAUGUGCUCGGCUAGAAUCCGACAAAGUGGUGCCACAGUCACUCUGAGGAUCCACCGAUGGAGUCCAUAAUAACUGAAUAGAUGUGUUUGAUUAGCCAAUGUAGAUCCGUCCAUCUUGUCCAUGAUGCGUAUACCCUGCAUUUGCUUCUAGUGCAAUAGGCUGCUGCUAGGCCAACGCACUUCACUAAACAAACCAUUGUAUUGUGGCUGUGGGGGGAUGGGGGAACUGUCCAGUUAGUUUACUAAUAUAAUUUAUAUUUGUAACUGCAGCUAUAAUUGCAGUAUUUUCACACUAAUAGGUUUUUUCAUGCUUUUAUUUUAUUUAUUUGUAAGUGUUAUCUGAGUAUCUGAGCAUUAUGGGAUAUGGUGUAACAUGUGUCGUCCAUCUUUAAGGUCAGGAUGAAGUAGUCCCAAUGUUAUGAAGUGUGAAAGCUUGUUAAUGCCCAACCACAGCUUGUUUAUGUUUAUAGAUUUUCCCAAGUAUUAUUGAAGAAACAUCUUGACCAUCACCAUACUGAGUUGGAAACUGAAUUUUGUGAGUGAGGUAUUUGCCUCAGAUUUGCAGGUUCCAAUAAAGGCAGAGAACUGUAAGCCUGUGUUACUGUAAUUAUGCUUUGGGCCUCAGGUGAUGUGUUACUUUGAUUUCCUUUUCUGGGUUUUUAUAUAUAUAUAACAUAUAUAUAUAUAUAUAUAUAUAUAUAUGACAUUCUCUGUUCGUUAUUAUUUUCUCUGAUUUAAGUUACCCUUUUGUGUUUUUUGGGGUGCGUGUGUGUGUGUGUGUGUAGGGAGGGGGGGGGGGGUAUUUGUAGGCUUACUCAAAGGCAUGCUCUCCAUUAAGAAACUGGGGAGAAUAAUGGCAUUUCCCUCUGUAAUGUGCAUCUUUCUUCAGACAUCUUAUUUUCUUCUGCUUUUUAAAAAAUGGAAUUGAUUUUCCCCUGUUUGAA